AUGGAGGAGCUGGUCGUGGACCUGGCGGCGACAGGGAUGCCCAGGCUGGAGGCCCUGGACCUGGAGUCGCUGCGGAGGAUGGAGGAGCUGGCCGUGGACCUGGCGGUGUGCUCGCCGUCGCCCUCGCGGCGGAGGCUCGCUGUGGACCUGAGGCAGCGCGAGGCCGUCAAUGCCAAAGACGAUGACCGCGUCAUCGUGGAGAUAGAGAACUCGGAGAAUGUCGAUAACCCGCUCUGGUUCAACAUGCGGCGCGUCGACCAACUGAAUGGGCGCGUCAUUCUAGACAAACUGGCGCGAGUCUUGAACUCUAAUCAGGCAUUCAUGGCUAAUGGUCAGCUCAAAGUGAGCUAUAUCCACGUCCGCACACCCGAGGCUGGCGGGCGCCGUGUGGCGCGCGUCGCCAAUGAAUCUAUGGAGCAGUGGAUCGAGCGAAAAACAGGUUCUAGAGGCCCGAUUUACUCUCCUGAAAACACUGACAACAUGUGUUUGUCGCGCUGCGUGGCUGUGCUUAUGGCUCAAGGUGGUAUGUCCAAAGACGCUUUCAAAAGGAUAAAGAAGUCGUGCUCUGUCAUUCAGCGGGAUAAUGCCAAGAAAUUGUGUGCAAAUGCGCAAAUUGAUCCCAACCAACCUUGUGGCAUAGAUGAGGAAAAUCACUUGUGCUUCAUCCAGCCCUGGGGUGAGCGAGAGAAGAAAAAGAACUUCAAAUAUUUGAGCUGCUUCUAUGACGUUGAAACUAGGCAGGAUACACCUGUAGAGGGUCAGCCAGACACAUUCGAGCACAAACCUAAUCUGCUCGUAUGUCAAACAGUGUGCAGUGAUUGUGCCCAUAUACCCCACAAUGAUUAUUUCUGCACUGUGUGUCAGACCAGACAGCAUAUUUUCCACAGUUUGGACGAUCCUAACCUCAAUGUGAUGGAGCAGUUUUUCAACUACCUCCAAUCAUUUGGGGCAAAGACAAAGAUACUAUUGGUGGCACACAAUGCCAAGGCGUUCGACGCGGUUUUCGCAGUCCAAGAAAUUGUCAAACGAAAACUAAAGUGUGAGAUCACACUCCAGGGAGCCAAAAUCCUCUGUAUGGAGGUAGGCAACUGGAAGUUUAUUGACUCACUCAUGUUUAUGCCUAUGCCUCUGAGUGCCAUGCCCAAAUCGUUUGGCCUCGACGAACUCAAAAAAGGCUACUGGCCAUUUUUGGCCAAUAAGCCUGAGUACUACAAGUAUGAAGGCCCACUGCUAGACAGGGACUUGUACUGCGUGUCUGGCAUGAAGUCCAAGGCGGCUGCAGACUUCAAUGCUUGGUAUGACGAACAAGUGGCGAACGAGUAUGUUUUCAACUUCCGGCGGGAGUUGAUCGACUACUGUAUCUCAGAUGUGACCAUCUUGCGCCAAGCAUGCCAGGCAUUUAGGAAGUUGUUCGAGGAUGUGGCCGGGUUUGACCCGAUGUUUAACUGCAUCACUCUAAGCAGUGCAUGCAUGGCGGCCUUUCGCCGAAAUUUCCUUCAACCUAAUACGAUCGGUAUUGUCCCGGCGGGGGGAUACCACGGCAGAGGUAAACAAAGCCACAUCGCCCUCCAGUGGCUUGACUUUGAAGCACAUAAAUUGGGCAAAAAAAUCAGCACAAUUUACACUGACAGAGAAGUUUCUGUUCUGGGGCGCCGCGUCGACGGGUACGUAGAGCUACCGCGCCAAGACGGCACAGUGGAAAAGAGAAUUUAUCAAUUCCAUGGGUGCUACUGGCACCAGUGCCCCACACACUUUCCUGCCACAGAGGACUCUACGGAGAACAGGUUCGAACAGACCAUGAACCUAACCUCACUUUUCCGCCGAAGCGGAUACACGGUUGUGGAGAAAUGGGAGUGCGCCUUCAAGCAAGACCUUGCGUCAGACCCUGACACCAAGGCUUACUUUGAAACCCACCCCACCACUCGUGCUCCGCCUCUCAAUCUCAGGGACGCCUUGUCAGGUGGACGGACGUCAGCUUUCAAGUGGUACUACAAAGCUGAUCUCUCCAAAGGCGAGAAAAUAAAACUAGUGGACGUUGUGUCAGAGUACCCGAAUGCCAACCUCCGUGGGGAGUACCCUAUCGGGCACCCUGAAAUCUACCUCGAGGGUGAUCCGGAAAUGGCUCCUCCUGACUAUUGGAACGGUGCCAUUAAGUGUACUGUCCUUCCUCCCCGGGACUUGUACAUACCUGUUCUCCCCUACAAGUGCGGCGGGAAACUACAGUUCCCCCUUUGCCGCACCUGUGCGGAGACAGGAAGCAAGGAAAUCUGUCAUCAUGAGAAUCCCGAUGACAGAAAACUCACAAGCACUUGGUGUGCUCCUGAGCUUCUCCUGGCCCUGAGGGAAAAGGAGUACAGACUCCUAGCCACUCACGAGGUGUACCAGUACCCUGAGACAUCCAAGUACAACCCUAAGACAGGGGAAGACGGUCUACUGUCCGCUUAUGUACGGUGCUUUAUGGCACUCAAAAUACAGGCCAGUGGUUGGCCUGCCGACUGCACCAGUGAGGAGCAGAAAGCCAAGUUCGUGGAGGACACCCUCAAACAUGACGGAGUAGAGUUGGAUCCGACCAAGAUGGAAAAAAAUCCUGCGCUGCGCACUUUGGCGAAGCUGAUGUGCAACAGCUUCUGGGGGAAAUUCGGGGAGAAAACUCUCAGGUCAAAGACAGAGUUUAUUUCCGGUGAAGAGAAACUUAUGUCCCUCAUAACAGACCCAGCUAAAGUGGUGACAGGUUUUCUACAACUAGGUGAGGACUACCUUCAGAUCUCAUGGAAACCAGUCGAGGACUCCGAGGAGUCUCUCCCCUCUUCCUCCCUGAUCCACGCCGCCUUCACCACUUGCCAUGGGCGGCUCCAACUGUACCAAUACUUGGACGUGGUCAGAGAGCGCGCCCUGUACACGGAUACUGACAGCGUAUGUUACAUCAGCCGUCCAGAUGAGCCAGACCUGCGUACAGGCACCCAUCUGGGUGACCUGACAGACCAGAUCGAGGAGGACUUCGGUGCUGGCUCUUUUAUAACAGAAAUAGCCUGUCUGGGACCUAAGAACUAUUCCUAUGUUGUGGCGGUGGGUGGCGACACCAACAACACUAAAGUGUGCAUCAAGGUCCGCGGGAUAUCAAUAAAUAAGUCCUGCGAUGACCUUGUGACCUUUGAAAAUCUUAAGGCUAUGGCACUGGGACGCAAGGAGAAUGUUACCGUCCCCAUACCUCGCCAGAUUGCCCGCCUCCCCGGCUGGAGAAUUGUUACUCGGGCGACCAAGAAGAACUGGCGCCCAGUGAACACCAAACGCCGGAGAGUGGGCGAGAACAACACUGUGCCCCACGGCUUCAAUAACUGGACCAUGGCUGACGAGGAGGAUCAAGACCUCCUCGAAGCCAUGGACGAGCUUGAAGGCGCCUAA